AUGUCCUACAAACACCUCAUGGUCGUGCUCGCGGGGCUCUCCGCUUUUCAACUCCUGGGUGCUAUUACAGAGGGGCCUGUCGGCCCUGGCAGCGUGUCGAAUACCAUCGAGUUCUUGGGUGAGACCAUGCCGCAGGAAUACCAUGCUAUGGUGGACCCUGUCAGGAAGGCGUUGCUCGCUACCCGCAGCUCAGGGCGAUUCUUAUUGAUUGCCGGCAUUCCAGCAAUCACGCUCGCGAUCUUAGGUGGAUUCAGCUUGAUCGAGAACAAAGCACAUUCGAAACAACAGCCGCAGAUAUCGAGUGUUGAGCUGGCAGGUAUCGCAGCGAAGAUGCUCGUCGUCAUCAUCGUGCUUCAGGCCGUCUAUUUGUUGAUUGGUGCUUAUUUCGCCUGGAUCACGUUUGAGCAGGACGCGCGGGUCAUCGCCGCCAUGCUUGAUGCACCGGGACCCAGCCCCGUGUACGAUCGACUCCUGGAAAUGACGUACGGAUACAAAGCUUGGAAGCAACGCCCCUCAAGUGACCCACGUUUCUUCCACGCCCGCCCCAUGAACAGCACGCAGAAAACCUUUGUUCUUGGCUGUGCGGUGGCCACGAGUAUUCUCUUCUUCGGCUCGUUGUUCGUCCUUGUGAUGGCGUCGAUCGCACUGAAGAUGGGCUAUCUGCCUGCAACGGGUGCUCUGCCGUUGGGGAAGAUUCCGCCGCGGCAAAUCGCACAACUGGUCGAUAUGGGCGCGAUCGAGCCUGACGAGGAAGUGCUUUAUUUUUACUCCGCAGGCUUACUAUCCAUUCGUGAAGAUGGCAACCUCUUCACUGACCGCCGCGUUAUCUCCUACCAAGAGCUCGACGGACAACUUGAUUUAUACGAUGCCGCCUACGACGACAUCACGUCGAUCAACUUCACGCCCAGCAACAACAUGUUUGAAGAUUCAACCAUCACCAUCAAUCUCACCAAUGGUGAUUGGUUUGUGCUUUUCAUCAGCACCGAAUCCAACGGGGACGACACGUUCUAUCAAAAACUCGAGCGGGGAUUGGGCGGGGGGUGGAGCGACCGGAGUGAUCUGACGCUGCAUCUCGAGGAUUGGGAUCUGGACAUCGGCCCGGAGCGGAUCACGGGAAAGCCGCGGCCGGCGAGUUUAUUCUGGCGGCUGUUCACACUGGUGUUCUUCGGGGUGCUCGGCUUCUUCAUGCUGUUUCGCCUCACGCCGUUUCUGUGGUUCGAGUUGGCGGCCGCCGGGCCAGCAACUGCUCCGCGCGAGGUGGCAUUGCGUCCGGUGGUGUAUCAAGACACCAGCGUGCCACCUCACCUGCGCACGCCGCAGCCCACGGUGGAAGACGUUCAGCGGCAAACCGACAAGGUGCUCGAACACCUGAGCCCCGAAGCUCGCCGGCGGGUGGAAGAGGAGGUGGCUCGAAAGCAACGCGAGCGUGCCGCCCGCCAGCAGGAACAACAGGCCCGGGGGGAUCGCAUCGAUCGCUACGUGCGGAUCUUCGGCUGGUGUGUCUCACCCCUGGUUAUCGCGUUCGGACUCGUUGCUACAUGGAUCGGAUUUCGGUACGGCCUACUCGAGAUCGUACGCUUCCCCUUCGACCGGCUGGAGAUCGACACCACCGACAGCGAGCGUCAUGGCGAACGGGUCCUCCGCCUCCGCCGCCCUAAACUGAAAGGCCAGCUGCAGGUGAUCCGCCCGAUGAGCCAGCUUCAAGCCAUCGGGCUAAGUAUCCGCAAGAUCGGCCGGCAUAGCUCCCGCACUCACAGUUCACCCAGUUACCAUUGGGUUGUCACCCUCAUCUCCACCCGGGCGAGCGAUCUACCCCGCAUCGAGUUGUUCGUCGACUCCCAACGCGACCCACCCAGCUCCCCCACCGCCGCCCCGCACCGGGUGAAACAAGUCAUCACCACGCUUCAAGGCAUGACGGGGUGUACGAAGGUGAAUCAUGGUUCGACGGGGUGGUGA